CGGCCCAGACUGGCGGACGCGGCGGGGAGCUCAGAGCGCUUUGGCGGUGGCCUUCCCCGGGUUCUUGUUAACGGACAGCGAUGCUGAAGGCUAAGAUCCUCUUCGUGGGCCCCUGCGAGAGCGGCAAAACGGUGCUGGCCAACUUUCUCACCGAGUCUUCGGACAUCACUGAAUAUAACCCGACACAAGGUGUGAGGAUCCUAGAGUUUGAGAACCCACACGUCACCAGCAACAACAAAGGCACGGGCUGCGAGUUCGAGCUCUGGGACUGUGGUGGUGACUCUAAGUUUGAAUCUUGCUGGCCAGCCCUGAUGAAGGAUGCUCAUGGAGUGGUGAUCGUCUUCAACGCUGACAUUCCAAGCCACCUAAAGGAAAUAGAAAUGUGGUAUUCCUGCUUUGUCCAGCAGCAGUUCCUCCAAGACAGUCACUGCAUGCUUGUGGCCCACCACAAACCGGGCUCCGCAGGAGACAAGGGCAGCCUGGCUUUGUCUCCCCCCUUGAACAAGCUGAAGCUGGUGCACUCAAAUCUGGAGGAAGACCCCGAGGAGGUCCGGGUGGAAUUCAUCAAGUAUUUAAAAAGCAUCAUCAACUCCAUGUCGGAGAGCAGAGACCGCGAGGAGAUGCUAAUCAUCACCUAGUGUCCCUGUGCGUGUGUGCCACGGCCUCCCAAAGGACACUGAUGUCCCCAGGCAGAGCUGACACCCCACCCAGCCGCUGACACGCCCCUCUCCUAUGGCAGCACAAGUGUUCCUUAUCAUUCAGAAGAUCUCAGGAAGAGUCAGGCCUGGUGGCAUAUGCCCGGUGAUCCCAGCUCUCAGGAGGCUGAGGUAGGAGAAAGGUUGAGAGUUCAAGGCCAGCCUGGGCUACAUAGGGAGCCCUUAUCUCAUCCCUUCUCCAGAAGCAAACAGCUGCCCUGCUUCCCUGUCUCAGCCGUCAUGCAUAAACGUAUCCUUCCGUGUAUUUUCAAGUUGAGCUGUUUACUGGUGAUUAGUGGGAUGAAGUGGCCCAAAGCAGACAGGUGACUUGAUCUCUGGUGUCCCCUAGUGAAGAGGGGACACGUGAUAGAGCUGCUGCUUUUGGGCUUGGCUGUAAAAGGAUUGAUAACAGAGACACUGAGGUGGCUCACUAGCCGCCAAGUCUGACAACCCACGUUCAACCCCCAGAACCCACUUAAAGGCGGAAGGAGAGAGAUCUGACCCCACAGAGCUGUCCUGUCUCCACUGGUCACACGGUACCCUCAUAACACAUACAACACACAAACACAAUAUGGAGUGUUUAAGGGGGAUCUGUGGUAAAGAGCACUUGUUGCUUAUGUGAUCGUGAAUUCAGAUCCCUGCACCCACACUGGGCAGCUGUGAUCCUAAGUCUGAUUCCAGGAGAUCCAGUGCCUUCCUCUGGUCCCAGGGUCCCUCCCACAUACAGCUCACACAUACUGUAUUAGACACGUCUCUGUUGCUGUGAUAAAACACCGACAAGGCAGCCCAUCCAAGACUUUAUUAGGCUUACAGUUUCAGAGGGGUGGUAGUCCAUCAAGAUAAGCCUUGGUAGCAAGAGACAGGUGUGGCAGCAGGGACAGGAAACAGGCUCGCACUGAACUACAAACACAACCAGACAGAACAAACAGCGAGUGCCCAUUGUAUUAGUCUUUGAACACCCAAAGCCCACCACUGCUGACAUAAUUCCUCAAGCAAGACCACACCUCCUAAACCUCCUAAACUGUGCCAUCAACUGGGAGCCCAAGUCUCUGAGGGACAUCACAUUCACACUGCGCACAAACAUAAAUCACUUUAAAAAAAAACAACAAAGGAGUGGGGCAAGUUAUGUGGCUCCACGGUAGAUCCCGUGCUCAGAACCCACUCGGUUAGGAGUGUGCUUGAGAAACAGUACUGGCUUAGCAUGUAGGGGACCCUCGAUCCCAUUUCUAGAACUGAAAAGAAAAAAGUCAAUCCAAAGUGUCUUUAAAAAGGAAUACUGGGGGCUAAGGGACGGCUCAGUUGGUAGAGCGCUUGGCUCGCUAGCCUGAGGACCUGGAGUUCAGUCCCCCAAACCUGUGUGAAAAAGCUGGGCACUGUGGCAUGCCCUCAGCCUGGAAGGCAGAGACAGGCGGAUCCCAUGGCGUGCUGGCCAGCCAGCUUAUGCUGUUCUGUAAGCCUCUGGCUCAUGCAAGAUCUUUUCUCAGAAAUAAAGAUGUAGUCUGGUGAGACGGCUGAGUGGCCAGUCUCCUGGCCGCACAGGCAUGGGGACUGGAUUCAGAGUCCCAGAACCCACAAAAUGUCAGGCAAGGAUGGUGGCUGCCUGUGAUCCCAGUAGGAGAGAAGCAAAGACACGAUCCCCAGGACAAGCUGGCUGGCCAGACGAGCUGGAAUAGGCCAGCUCUGGGUUCAGCUAGAGACCGUGACUUAAACAUGAAGUGUGCCCCUGAAGGCACGUGUGUGCACACACAAACGCACCGAGGCACAUACACAGAAAAAUGUGGUGUCUGAAUGGCCAACUACCAAGGCUGUCCUUUGGUCUUCACAUGCAUGUGCACACACAUGCACUCACAUACAAAAGGACACUGGUUAUAUUGGCACAUGCUUGUACUCACGGCUGCUAGGACAUACAUGCUUCACGUUAGCUUCAGCUACAUAACAACUUCAAGGCUGACCUGGGUUACAUGAGACCCUGGAAGUUUCUGUUUAGAAACUUUUUGCUCGUUUAAGCAAAAACCAGGAUCUAUGAGAUCCACUGGUGAAAAUACUGUGACAGAGGUCCCCAAGAUUGGGCUCCGCAUUCCCGCAGUUCCCGUUCUUGUGACUUGAUGGAGUCACUAACAGUAACAAGCAAUGCUGGUAAGAUGGCUUGGCGGGUGAUGGUGGGUGCUGGCGGGUGCUGGCCAGCCUGAUGACCUGAGCAGCAGGAAAGAGCUAACCCCUGCAAACUGUCCCGACCCCAUCCCACCCCACCCCACGCACACCCUCAGCAUGGCCACAAGUAUGCACGGACAUACGCAGAG